AUGGAGACGCUUGACACGGGUGGCUUGUCGUCGGACCCGCUUCUUUCGGCUGCAUUGUCAUCGCCGCCAAUUGUGCGUUCUGGGCAUUCGAAUCGUCGUGGAGCCACACAGUCGCCGAGCGGCGACAGCUUCAUCGACUUUGCAGAUGACGGACAUCGUACAGCGUCAAAUACACCACCGCCGAUGAGCACCAGACAACGUCAUCAUCGAACCAUAUAUGGGAAUUACGCCACUCUCACCACCCUUCAACCAUUGCCACCAAUUUCUACAGUAACCUCAAAAGAGCAACGGUAUUCUCGAGAAUCGACGUCUCCGCAAACAAAGACGAUCAAAUAUUUUUUCCCAACGAAUGGCGCUGGAAAUUACAACUAUGAAAUUAAAUAUGAAUAUGAAGCGAAGAGUUCAGAUGAUGGAAUUGAAGAAGAGAAUGGAGAAACGCAUACAUCGACACCAUCGGAUUACGGUAGCUCUGGACAGGAUAUUAGUUUCGCAUCGCCCACAUUCGAAGCAUAUGAUCGAUCGCCGAAAAAUGAUAAAGAUACUACAUUCAAUUUCACGUCGUUUCCAGCCGAUUGCGAUGAUUUGGGAUUGUCUUCUCAUAAAUCAUCGCCUUCUUUACCGACAAGCUACGACGAGGAUGACGGAGAAGAAUUGAACACCAAAGAACUUGCCACUCGCAUUUCGGCAGAGCUCAAACGAUACUCCAUUCCACAGGCAGUUUUUGCUGCCCGAAUUUUGUGCAGAUCGCAAGGCACAUUGUCGGAUCUUUUACGAAAUCCGAAACCAUGGUCAAAACUGAAAAGCGGUCGCGAGACUUUCCGGCGAAUGGACCAGUGGUUGAAAGAGCCGGAAUUCGAGAGGAUGUCGGCUCUGCGACUCGCAGCCUGUAAACGGAAAGAGGAGCCGAGUUCAACGUCGCCAAGUGCUCCGAAGAAACCGAGACUCGUGUUCACCGAUAUUCAAAGAAGAACCCUUCAGGCAAUUUUCAAAGAGACAAAACGACCAUCGCGAGAAAUGCAACUCACUAUUAGCCAACAAUUGAAUCUCGAUCCAACCACGGUGGCCAACUUCUUCAUGAAUGCUCGUCGUCGCGGUCAUGAGAUGAAAAUGGAUGAUAUGCAAAUAAAGACGGAGACAAGCUCGGUGUCAAACGACGAUGAUGACUUGAGCUUGAUUAAUUUCCUGGAAGAAGAUACGUCGGUUGUACCCAAAGUCGAAGUCGAGGAGGAGCUGACCAUUUCGAAUGGAGUUUAUGUGCGUAUUGUAAUCAUUCAAGAAUUGAGCGAUUUAUCGGAUAAAAUAAUUUUAAAUGAUGGAUUAAGACAUAUCCGAAUAGUAAACAGUAUGCGAGAUUUUCUCGCGCAAAGUUUCGUGUCAGCCACGGGAUUUGUGACAGUCGUUGGAUUGUCUUCGGAUAUUUCUCGAUCGACUGUUCUAUUUCAGUCAUACAAAGAUGUUUCGAGCUACGACAAAAUCGCUGGAGUUUCCGUGGUCACAUUGACCGGAAAUAUUAAAAUUACGUCAGCCAAAUUAAGCACUGUUGUCACAUUUAUGACUUCGAAAUCUCAAAUGAUGGUUAAAGACUUAAAAUUUACCGACCUUGAUGCAACAAAAGAUUGCGAAGCUCGUGCUAUUUCCUCAACUCCUGGAAGCCAUUCUCAGUUGCUGAUCGAUUUCUCACCUCAAAAUCCGAUGAGAAUUCCUCAACUAUUCCCUGCGAAAUUUUUCUCAAUCUCUACGAAAAACUGCAAUUUGCAGAUGACAUUAACAACAAAUAUUCCUGAAAAUUAUUAUAAUAUAGCAGAUGGUCAAACUGGCUACAUAUUCUCUCCGAGUUAUCUUGAUCCAGAUGCUUCUCCGGAGUUCAACGUCACAUACGGAUCGAGCUCGGGUGAUCUUUUCGAAUAUUCGGUUGAUGUUCAAGAUGUUCAAAUAAGUGGAAAUUCGGAAGUGGACAUUAUUAUUCUGAAAAAUAAUCAAAAAGAAUUGAGCGCGGUGAUUACGGGAACCCAUAAUGGAAGUCGGCCAAAAGCUGUCGGCCAGUAUUUAAAUAUAAUGAUGAAGGGAUCAUCGGGAAAGGCGAAACUUCGAUAUGAGGCCAAAUCGGGAGCUUCAUCCAUUUUUGGUACGCAUGUUAAUAAUAGCAUUAAUGUUGUCGAUAUAUAA